AUGGCUCAAGGAUUACCAGUAUUCCCAUCAUUCAAUGUCACUGAAACAGCAGUGGACAGUCGCUGGAAAAAGUGGUUAGGUCGACUAGAAAUCGUGCUAGUUGGUAUGGAUGUCAAGGACGCUAAACGCAAAAGAGCGUUACUUUUGCACUACGCUGGUGAAGAUGUUUAUGACAUUUUUACAACACUUCCAGACGUGGAGGAAACGUUUGACGCUGCCAAGCAAGCACUAACCCAGUAUUUUGCACCCAAGAAAAGUAUUGAGUUCGAAGUGUACAAGUUUCGACAGGCAAAGCAAGAACCUCACGAAAACUUGGACAGUUUCCACACACGACUCAGAAAGCUUGGAGAACACUGCGAGUUUGCAAAUACAGACAAGGAAAUUAAGUCACAAAUAAUACAAGGCUGCAAAAGCGAAAACCAAACCAUCGUCAACAACGACAGUCUACCAACACUUACCGUCAGUCACAACAGAAAACACGAAGCUGCAGAAACUGUGGUGGAAAUUGAACUCAAAAGGCUUGAAGACAUGGAUAUAAUCGAAAAGGUAGAUGGACCAACAGACUGGGUAUCACCGAUUGUCGUAGCACCGAAACCGAAGAGCAAAAACAAUGAAAUACGUAUCUGUGUAGACAUGCGCCUUCCUAACGAAGCCAUUAAAAGGACUCGACACAUUAUACCGACAAUAGACGAUCUUAUUGUGGACUUAAAUGGUUCAAAAAUAUUCUCAAAAUUGGAUUUAAAUCAGGGAUACCAUCAACUUGAAAUCUCAAAGAAAUCACGCAACAUAACCACAUUCACUACACAUGUUGGUCUAAGACGAUACAAAAGACUAAACUUUGGAUUAACAUGUGCAUCAGAAGUUUUCCAAAAUGCAAUACGGACCUCACUUGAAGGACUUGAAGGUGUACAAAACAUCAGCGAUGACAUAAUCGUGUAUGGCAGUUCGCAAGAGCAACACGACCGUAGACUGGCAGCCGCCUUACGACGUCUACAGGAAAAAGGCCUCACACUGAACAAACAGAAAUGUGAAAUCAACAAGAAAACGCUUGAAUUCUUCGGCUAUAUUUUCAGUGAAAACGGAUUUUCUGCUGACAAGAAAAAGUGUGAAAUAAUCAAAAACACACCUGCUCCACAAAACGCAUCAGAAGUACGAAGCUUCCUCGCAAUGACAAACUAUGUCUCCAGAUUCAUACCAAACUACUCCACAACGACAGAACCUUUGCGAAUGCUCGUGAAAAAAGAUGCCAAAUUCGUUUGGGAAGAAAGACAGCAAAAUGCUUUUGAUAAACUCAAAUCGGAUCUAAGCAGUGAAACUGUAAUGACAUAUUUCGAUCCAAAAUUGACAACACAAAUUGUUGCAGAUGCAAGCCCCGUAGGCAUAGCAGCAAUCAUGCUGCAAGGAGGGAAAGUAGUUAGCUACGCAAGCAAAUCAUUAACAGAUACCGAGAAAAGGUACUCUCAGACCGAGAAAGAAAACUUAGCUAUCGUAUGGGCAAUUGAACACUGGCAUAUAUACCUCUUUGGACACAAAUUCACUGUCAUAACAGACGCAAAAGCGCUUGAACACAUAUACAAAAACCCGAAGUCCAAGCCGCCAGCCAGACUGGAACGGUGGCGAAUGAAAAUGCAAGCCUAUGAUUUUGAUGUCAUAUACAAGCCAGGUGAAUCAAACAUGUCAGACUACCUAAGUAGGCACCCUGAUGUCACAAAGACGCAAGCAAGCAACGCAGGAAAAAUCGCAGAAGAAUACCUGUCAUUCAUUACAUACCAUGAUGUUCCAAAAGCGAUGACGUUGCAUGACAUAAUCAAUGAGACAAGCAGUGACAACGACCUACAACAGGUGAUGCAAAACGUCAGACAAUCCUCGUGGAAAUCAAAUUACAAAACAAAUACGGUACUAGAUACACUUGCACGUGUGAAAAAUGAACUGACAGUUGUGACGUUCAAAAACGGCGAAGUUCUCUUGCAUGGAAAUAGAAUCGUGUUACCUAAACAGUUGCAACAGAAGGCUAUGUCAAUAGCACACGAAGGACACCCAGGAAUAGUUAGGACAAAACAACUAUUGCGCGAAAAGGUGUACUUUCCUAAAAUGGACAAAAUGGUUGAGGACUUGUGUAACAGUUGUAUUCCCUGUCUCGCAGCAACUGAUAAAAACUCCAGGGAACCACUUCAAAUGACUGAAAUGCCAAAACAGGCAUGGGAUUCAGUGAGCAUGGAUUUCUUUGGACCAUUUCCUGAUGGAAAAUAUCUUCUUGUUUUGAUUGAUGACUUUUCAAGAUUCCCAAUUGUUGAAAUAAUAACAUCUCUUAAUGCAAAAUCAGUUAUUGAGAAGCUUGACAAAAUAUUCUCAGAAUAUGGAAUACCUGAAGUACUGAGAACUGACAAUGGACCGCCGAUGAAAAGUGCAGACUUUCAAAACUUUUCAAAACAAUUUGGUUUCAAACACAGAAAAAUAACCCCUAUCUGGCCUCAAGCAAACGGAGAAUGCGAGCGUUUCAUGAAAACAAUAGGAAAAGUAAUUCGUGCAGCAAAAACUCAAAAAGCAGAUUGGCGCACAGACAUGUAUGCAUUCGUACGCAACUAUAGAGCUACAAAACAUGCGACUACAAAAUACAGUCCAGCAGAACUAUUAUUUGGAAGACAGAUUAGAAUAAAAUUACCAUUUGCACCAUCGAAACCUUCAAAGGAAAAUGUGCAAGUCAAAGCUCGUGAAAAUGACGCAUAUCAAAAAGCUAAAAUGAAAUCGUACGCGGACGCAAAACGGCAUGCAAAGCCGGCAACAUUUAACGUUGGCGACUCUGUACUUGUCAAACAACACAAAACAAACAAGUUCUCCACACCUUUCGACAGUCAGCCAUAUAAAAUUACAAAGAUAAACGGUUCGAUGAUAACAGCGAAAAGAGGAGACAAGUCAAUCACCCGCAAUUCGUCCUUUUUCAAGCUGAUAAGGCUACAAGACUCCGACAGCGAGGACGACUUCGACGACUUCUACCGUCCUGGCACUGUACGUACAGACGAACAAGAGCCUUCACAACCGAGACGUUCAUUGCGAAAUCGAAACCCCCCAGAACGUUUCCAAGACUUUGUGCAAAAAAGCGCACUACGAAAGCGGACAACGGAAGUGGACAACGGGCGAGUGCAAGGGAAGCGGCAACGGACGCGGACUACGGAAGUGGACUACGUCCGCAGGCAAAGAAAGCUGACUAAAGAAGCGGACUACGGACACGGACUACGGAAGCGGAUUACGGACGCGGGCAUGGAAGCUGACUACGGAAGGGGACUACGGCCUCGGACUACGGAAGCGGACAAAGAAAGCGAACUACAGACGCGGACAACGGACGCAGACAAGAGAGGCGGACUACGGACGCGGGCAAAGGAAGCUGACUACAGAAGCUGA